GAGGUUUUCCCGGGUGUGUCGCUCAGUCCGCCUAAUGCUGAAGGUGUGUAGGGGAGUUGUGAACUACGCGCAGUCAGGCAUUCUCGACUACGACUCCAUCAAAUUAAACAUCGGUUCACAUGAUGAAGGACUAGCGUUUGACAAAGAUCGGUACCGCCGACGAAAAGAGUUCCGCUGGCCCACGGUGUAUCUGGAGACUGCCCGGAAGUCUGCUGCAAGUCGAACACCCAGCGGCAUUCGGACUCUUCACAAAAUGAUGCGUUGUCUCCGAAGUUUCCGCAAGUUCAGCUCUGAAACACAAAAGGGAAUUUGUCGUUAUGCUAAAUAUGAAAGAUACACACGAAACAGAGUGAUCCUCAAACAGGGCCAUAAACCACAAGCUGUGUACUUCCUGUUCUCUGGCACCGUGACCGAGACGUUCUCUGAUCAUACUGACAGGCUAGUGAGACAUCCGGAGAUACGAUUGUAUCGGAGAGGGGAUAUGCUCGGGAUAGUUGACAUAGUCUUGAAACAACCCAGAAGUACGACGUUUAUAUGUGAUGAUUUAACUGAAGUGCUGAUCCUGGAUCUCGACGAAAUAAAAAAUACACAGCUGAUAGAAGCAUUAGAGUGGGAGACAAUGGAUAUACUUAACAUAUUACGAAAAAAGAGCGACGUGUCUUCGUUGUCUGAGGAAGCUAUCGCCAAGCUGGUAUCUACCUCGUACCCAGUGACUUUUGAUGACCAGACCGUCGUGGACUUUUGGGCUCCACAGGCACGAUGGACGUACGUCCUGUACAAGGGAUCAUGUGAUGUUGUUAAAAGAUGUUCGGUAAAUGAGCUUCCAGAGAAGCUCAGACAAAAUAUAACACGACUUAUGGACACUUCGGAUACCGGAAAUUGGUCGGAUUCCUUGAAAACCUUAAACCAGAAGGAGGAAGAAGAAUUGACUGACAGACAGAAACUGUUACGGUUCCUCGAUGCUGUGGAUAACAACGUAAGUUCCAGAGUAAAUUCUUGCUGGUCCAGACAUCGACUAAAGUCUCCACCAACGGAGACUAGCGGAUCGUCUGAUACCUCCAGCCAACAAUCCCAAAGCCAGAGGUCAUCGAAUCAAGGCAUGAGAUGCGGGAGCUUUAGUGCGAGCGGCAGCGGUAAAACGUUACCAGGUUGUAAACCGAAGAAUUCACCCUACCUGAACUUUACCCUGAGACAUCUGGAGAAGGGCUCAGUAUUCGGUGCUGGCUUUUUAAGCCGUGAAAACAAAGACAUUUUCUUCCUCAGCAAAGGAUGUACCGUCCUUGCUAUCCCAGCGUCUGUGUUUGCCAUGACGUCACCUCGUGACGUCACCGCAAGUAUUCGAGCUAACCUUUCUGCUGUUCCCAGUGUCGAGGACAUGUGCACCAAGUAUGCCAAAGUGUUGGUUUGGGGAUAUUUCAAGAAUAGUUUCGUCAACUCUAUCCGGUCAGAUAGUCACGAAGACGUAUCAACACUGCACAGGGGACGUAAACUUAACACUUAUUACUUUCGUAACGUUAUUGUGCCGUUAACAUCAGAAAGCGCACACGGCAGGAUGAUAGGUUAUACACCAGAAAUCCGAAAAGCAUCAACUCGACAGGUGUCAACAAAGGGAGAUAACUCCUGUGUCAACACCCGACCGCACACCGUGACUACGCAUCUUCAGCCUUCCCUCCUGGGAGUUCGUCACAUAGAAGGUUGUUAUGUGAAAUCUGCGCCACCCUGUUACAGGAUCAAAUCGAGCUUGCUAACCACGGUAACGCGUCCGCGUGUCAGAUACACGGCUACAGCCACGUGCCAAACGAGACAGUCUCUGACAGGAGUGCGACCAGUGUUACAGCUUUUACCAGACCGCAUUUAACACUU